AUGCUUUUACAAAAAACUCAUUUGGGUUGGAUCGUAGCAGGAAAAACUUGUGACAUUAAUGUUCAAUCAAAUGUUGUUUGUCAUUUGUCAACUAUUUUGUUUGAUAAUUUAGUACAGAAGUUUUGGGAGAUAGAGAAAUUACCUGCAAAACGAAUACUAUCUCCUGAAGAGGUGGCAUGUGAAACUCAUUUUUGCAAAACCUUUAAGAGAGAGAGUAAUGGUCGUUAUUCAGUCAGUCUUCCCUUCAAUGAACAAAAGGCCAAAUUGGGUGAUUCACGUCAUAUCGCGGAGAGAAGAUUUUAUAGUCUGGAAAGAAAAUUAUCGUCGAACCCGGAGAUGUACGAAGCUUAUCGUAAUUUUCUUCAAGAAUAUCAAACUUUAGGACAUAUGUCUGAAGUCAUCAAUGUAGGAGACGAGAGAUGUUAUUUCAUUCCACAUCAUGCUGUGGUGAAAGAGUCUAGUCUUACUACUAAGCUGCGAGUUGUUUUUGAUGCUUCUACAAAAACAACCACAGGUGUUUCGUUGAACGAUGUCCUAAUGGUGGGACCCGUUGUACAAGACAAUCUUUUUUCCAUCAUCACUCGCUUCAGGCUCCACAAUGUAGCCUUUUCAGCAGAUAUAGAAAAGAUGUACAGACAAUUUCUCGUACAUCCUGCAGAUCGACCAUUUCAACGAAUUUUAUGGCGAAACAAGAAGGAUGAGCCCUUGCGUGUUUUUCAGCUCAAUACCAUAACUUAUGGUCUUUCGUCGGCACCAUUUUCAUCAACACGGAGUCUGGUACAGUUGGCACACGAUGAACAACACCAUUUUCCGAGUGCAGCAGAAAUAAUACUUGGCGACAUGUAUGUAGACGAUUUGUUAUCCGGAGCGACAACCUUGGAAAAGGCACUGCAAGUUAAGGAUGAAAUAAUACAACUAUUACAAACCGGAGGCUUAAAACUUCGUAAAUGGGCCUCCAACGAUCCACGGUUUGUUGACUCUAUUAUCAACGACACUGGUGAUUCACAUCUUGCGUUAAAUUUAACGGAAGCGCAUAAAACAUUGGGAAUUUAUUGGAAACCUCAUCAAGAUACGUUGGUUUAUGAAAUCGACAUAAAGCCACAACCAAACAGGAUUAUGAAGCGCGUCAUAUUGUCGCAAAUAGCGUCAUUGUUCGAUCCUCUGGGGUUAUUAGGACCAAUCAUCGUAGCAGCCAAAAUAUUUCUCCAGAAGCUGUGGAAAUUACACCUAACUUGGGACGACAGCAUACCAUCAGAAUUAGCUGCAGAAUGGAUUCAAAUAUACGAGGAAUUACCACUCAUAAAUCAGCUGGUAUUUCCACGGCAAAUCUGCGUAGCGGAUCCAGUCAACAUUCAACUACAUGGAUUCGCUGAUGCGAGCGAAGCAGCUUAUGGCGCUUGCAUAUUUUUUAGAUCAGUAGAUGCUUCCGGGACACACUCAGUAAAAUUAGUGUGCUUCAAAACUAGAGUUGCACCACUCAAACAGAUAUCGCUACCCAAGUUAGAGCUAUGUGCAGCUGUGUUGCUUGCAAGACUUUACUCAGUCGUCCACAAAGCCUUCAAGUUAAAAUUUGAUAAGAUUGUUUUGUGGUCAGACUCGACCAUUGUAUUACAAUGGAUUAACAUGUCUCCGCAUCGUUUAAAAUCCUUUGUGGCCAACAGAAUUACUGAAAUCCAGCAGCUUACUGAAACAUGUGAAUGGAGACAUGUACCAUCACUCGACAAUCCUGCCGAUCUAGCAUCAAAAGGAUUAUCUCCGAAACAAUUUGUGAGAUGUACGUUAUGGAAUUGUGCACCAUCCUGGCUUGCUGCUGACGAAUCUGCGUGGCCUGAGAAUAAGGUACCAACAGGAUCAACGAAAAAUGUGACCGAGCUACGCACUUUCAUCACCUUGAAGAUUGAACAGCCGUGCGAGUUAUUUCAUCGCUUUUCAUCCAUUGUAACACUUCAGCGAGUAAUAGCAUGGUGCUAUAGAUUUAUUCACAACACCAGAAACAAGAAUAAGUAUCGAGGAAAUUUGUCAGCCAAUGAAUUGCAAAAUGCUAUGACUAUAAUAAUUAAGUUAGUCCAGAGCGAAUGUUUUGCGCAUGAAAUUACACGAUUAGAAAGGAAGGAGCAUUGCAGUAAACAUAGUAAGGUUUUGUCUUUGAAUCCGUUUUUAGAUGCAAAUGUUGUUUUACGUGUUGGAGGUCGAUUAAGGCAUGCUAACUUAUCAUAUGACCAGAAGCAUCCUAUUUUAUUACCUGAGAAACACGUUGUUACUGAUAUGAUAAUUAGAAACAUUCAUGACAAGUUGUGUCACGCUGGACCACAAGCGACUUUAUAUGUUAUGCGUUAA